AUGAUUCGCUGUACGCCAAUGUAUCCCAUACAGCCGCACCCCACAGACCCGAGUGUGGUAUUGUCUGGAGGGCACGACGGUCGCCUGAUCUUGUGGGACAUCAUCGAAGGCACUUGCCUAAAAAUGAUCUGGAACCACGAUCCCUACACUAUGAAUACACACGGGAUCACAGACGGACGAUUCUCGCCCGAUGGGCUGUGCAUUGCCAUCACGGACUCGUUUGGCAAUGUGUCAGUCAUAGCACCCGAGAUCAGAGGAAAGAAGGUUGAGCCAAAAGAACAACAAUUCGAUGAGAGAGACAGCCGUAGUGACUACCCUGUAUGUGUGGUCAAUGGUGUUGUCAUGGACUCGCAGCUGAAUGUGCCCAUUAUGGCCUGCCCGGAUCGCCGAGUGUGCUCUCUGGCGGGCAUCCCCUAUGCGGAGCAGCUAACGGAAGAAGAGUACUGCAACUACUGGCCAGUACAGCCGAGGCGUGCGGUGGAAGAGUAUGUGAGGCAUGGUGAUGAACUCGCUAAAGCGGAAGAGAGCAAUCUUGCGUAUCAACUAUCGAAACGGACCAAAGUCAGUACUAAGAUAGUGGCGCUCGGUCAGCAGGAACAGGAGCGUAAGCUGGCUCAGUCGCGUGCUCGAAACAGUGCGUAUAAACGUGAAAUGAAUCGCAGGCGGAAGAAAGAGCAGGAGAACAAGGUUAGCGCGAGCACGGCAGUUAUUCUGAGUACCUCAGCGAACGAUCGUUUGGCCGCCAACAGACGCGCCCCUCCCUUGGACCGCUCCGGAAGAUCGCCGGCUGGGAAUGGAACCUCCGCCAGAAGGCGCAACAAUACUGUCUACAUAGACGCUGAUGAUGACACAAUCGAUGUCGAUGCCCCCGAAGUGGUCACGAAUGCGCCUUCAAGCAGUGAUGCCUAUCAUGUCACCUCGUCGGAGGAGUCCGAAACUGAUGUGUCAGAAUCCGACACUGAGUCCAAUUUCUCGUCGGAUUUGUCGGAUUUGGAAUACCCCAAAGCGACCCGCACCCGGGGCAGGAAGAAAAUCGCCAGCACAGGUAAACGCAAGGCCACAUCAAAAGCCAGAGUCGGAUCCAAAACUGGCGCCAACCCCCAACCCAACCCCAAAUAUAAAUCCAAAAAGAGGUUAUCGCGAGGUGUUAAUGGUACUGGGAGAGGUAAACGAGCUGUAGAAUCCGACAUUUCAGACGACAAUGAUACUCCGCCAUCGAGCGAUACUGAUUCUGGCGAUGGGUCAGACUCAGACUUUGGAGUGCCCAAUAGGCGCGGACGUAAACGAGCUUCGUCGGCAAGCCGAUCAAAGGCACGGCAACCAUCACGCACUCGCCGUACUACCUCGCGGGCUAGGGGAAAGAGGCCUGUACUCUCCAGUGACAGCGAAUCAGCCGAUGAUACCAACAACGACUGUGACGAUAACAAUAAUAAUACCUACAACAAUAACGACAAAGAUAGUCACAACAAUACUAAUGCCAAUGCCAAUACCAAUGGCAGUGGCAGUGGCGACGAUGUGAUUGCCUACUCAGAUAUUGCAGUUAAGCCCCGGCGUGGUAGACCGGCACAGACUAACAACCCCCUCAGAAAGAACCAGAGGGGUGCCGCAAAGCGCCGCCGUGUGGAAAGCUACGCUGUGGAUGGGGACUCAGACGCGAGUGCAGACGCGGGCGAAGGCUCCUCCCAAGGGCGGUCGAAGGGCAAACGGGCACGAACACGGUACACGUCACAGAACAGCCAGGCACUGGCCGGGAGUGGUAGUGAUAGUGACCAGGGGAUGGACCGAGAGGUUGUGCCACACAGGGGUUCUAUUAAUAGCGCAGGCGUAGGUACCGGUGCAGGCUCGGGCAGGGCUGCGGCCGUGGGGAUGAACUACCGGGAACAACCCAGUGUCGAACCUGACAGCGAACCGAAUGCGUCAGAUGGGGAGACGGGUAUGACGGAUAGCGAGGGGGAAGGGGAGAGGGCCUCCUUUGGAAGUUCUGUACCAAAGGGCAAAGGAAAAAUCACGCAAACCCCUCAACGAAAACGCACGCCCGUGCCGAUGGGACGAGGAGAUGGGCGUGAGCAUGUGAACGGCGACAUGAAUAUACCCACACCAGAAGGAACCUCACACACACAGGGGGGAAGACAGCCGCGUGUGGCGAUCAAAAGCGUUAAAGCAGUGCUGAAGGGCACUCCACGCUCUCGGGCGUCUGUGAGUGUGCAGCCGUACGAUACGCAUCACAGGGGAGGCAGAAAGAAGAACGGCGUAGACGACGACGGCUUGUUUGCCAGUAAUGGGGUGCAACCUGAUGCUGGUAGCGAAUGGUGGGAUAACAUGCCGCUGAGGGCGCUAGUCGCCAUACAACCUGUGCUGUGGAACUGCCUCGAUGCACGUGAAUACUUCGGCGACCCAGUGAAUAUCAACUUUUUCCCCGACUAUUAUAGCACGAUACAGAACCCCAUGGACUUAGGCACCAUUCGAGACAAUGCGAAGGAGGGCGCAUACACGAAUAGGCCAAGUUUCUACAUCCGAGAUGUCUGUCUGGUGUUUAACAAUGCCAAGGCGUACAAUAAAAUAGAGUCGGACGUGUACAAAGCAGCACAGCACCUCGAAUCUGUCUUCACGGCCCAUCUGAAGGUGCUCUGGGACAACCACAAGGAUUACAUCGAACUAGGAGCCACGGACAAUAUUCACGCCAACGAAUUCUCUCAGACCCUAUCGGACGCGCCGCUCUCUGCACGAGCCAUGGAACAGUUGGGAUUACUACACGCAGAGCUCAUCACCACACCCCAUACCGCCGUACACUUCAGUCGGCCGGUGUUUGAGACCCUCAGACUGCCCGGGUUCAAACAGAAGGAGCUACAGCGUUACCUAGCCACCAUCUUAAAGCCCAUGGACUUGCACAAUCUGGGAAUCUGCAUUGCUGACGGUAUGAUCAAGAACCUUCAGCAAUAUGCAUCGCUGAUGGAGUUGUCUAUCAGCAACUGUGUAAGCUACAAUCUGAAAAACAGCAACAUCGUUGAGCAGGCACAGCUCCUACAGAUCUGCUACCGUGAGCGGCUGAAACAAGUUGAAAAGGCUAUGGAUGAGUCGGGUACUCCUAAGGUGCCUGUACAGUUGGCAGAUAUACGCAAGUUACACGCGGGUAUCAUGACCUCCGAAUACGCGUCCAUGUUCAACGUGCCAGUCCCACAGCAUAUAGAGGGGUACUACGAGAAAAUUACGGAAGCCAUGGACUUCGGUUCUAUAAGAGACGCGCUGAACUCACAGACUGUGACUAUGAAUGAGUACAUGUCUGAUUGCACUCUGGUGUUCACCAAUUGCUUCUUGUUCAACGAGCUCGACUCACCGAUCUGCGUGACGUGUCAGCAGCUGCGCGAUGCAUGGUUAGCCAAGUGUAACAUCCUAUUGUACGGUCGACAGUCGUCACGUAGACGCCAGCAGUAAGAAUGGAUAAGAGAAGGCUGUAAAAUUGACUACGAAAACAGUUCCAGAGGCGAGACUACGGAACGAGUACUAAGGUUCAAGGAUGUGGCCAAGAUGUGAAUUGCACACGAACGAGCUUAGUCUUUUCCUCGCGAGAAAUCUACGAGAUUAGCGGACAAAAAAAAAGACUUUUAAAGCAAGAAAAAAAGACUACUAUAAGAAGGACUGCAUCUACUUCAGUUCACCAGACACAACCAUGAAUUCUUGACAACAAUAAACGAAGACUAAAGAAAAUGAUUACUGAAGCAGACAAAAAAAGAUUCAUUGCUGCAGACAGUAGAAAAGAUAUUAAAAAAUACUG